AGGAGCAGGAAGAGGAGAAAGUGGUGGAGGGCCGGACUCGACGUCUCCGCGGGGACCUGCGAGCUGCUGGACUGAUGCGGGAGCGUGGACUGUGGCUGAACCGGGAGAAGCGAAUCGUUGGGGCGAUCCCUGGGAUUUUGGUGGGGGAUUUGUUCCUUUUCAGGAUGGAGUUGUGUGUGCUUGGGUUGCACGGUCAGAUACAGGCUGGCAUUGAUUAUCUUCCUGCAAGUAUGAGCUCCAGUGGGGAGCCUAUAGCCACCAGUGUGAUUGUUUCUGGGGGUUACGAGGAUGAUUCUGAUAAGGGUGAGCAUAUAUUCUACACUGGUCAUGGAGGGCAGGGGAAGAAUUCGUCUAAGCAGGUUGCUGAUCAGAAGUUGGAGUCAGGGAACCUUGCAUUGGAAAGGAGUAUGCAUUACGGUGUGGAGGUGAGGGUUAUUCGUGGGAUGAGGUAUGAGGGGAGUGCUUCUGCUUCUGGUAAGGUGUAUGUGUAUGAUGGAGUGUAUAAGAUUACUCAGUGCUUGUUUGAUAAGGGGAGGUCUGGUUUUGGGGUUUACAAGUUUAGGCUUUCCAGGGUUGAGGGGCAGGCUAAGAUGGGAAGUGCUAUUUUGAAGGAAGCUAGGAGUAUUAGGAGGAAUGAAAUGGAAUCGAAUACUGUUCGUUGUCUUUCUGCUGAUAUGUCCAACAAGAAGGAGAAUGUUCCUGUUCGACUUUUUAACGACAUAGAUGAUGAUCGAGAUCCUCUUAACUAUGAGUAUCUUGCCAGGACAAGUUUUCCACAGUUUGUGUUUCAUCAGAGUGGGAAUGUUACUGGUUGUGACUGUGUGAAUGGUUGUGGUGAUGGAUGCUUUUGUGCUAUGAAAAAUGGGGGUGAUUUUCCUUACACUCUGCAGGGACAUCUUGUGAAAGGGAAGCCUUUGAUUUUUGAAUGUGGCCCUUUUUGUUCUUGUCCUUCUCAGUGUCGUAAUCGUGUUUCGCAGAAGGGACUGAAAUAUAGAUUGGAAGUGUUUAGGUCCCUGCAGACAUCUUGGGGUGUUAGGUCUCUGGACCUUAUUCAAGCCGGUACUUUUAUAUGCGAGUUUUCUGGGGUUGUUUUGACUAGGGAGCAGGCGCAACUCUUUGCAAUGAAUGGUGACUCUUCGAUAUAUCCCAAUAGGUUUUCAGAAAGAUGGGCGGAAUGGGAUUUGUCUCAAGUAGAUCCAAAAUAUGUGCGUCCAUCAUAUCCAUCUAUUCCUCCUUUAGAUUUUUCUCUGGAUGUGUCGACUAUGAGGAAUGUUGCUUGUUAUAUGAGCCAUAGUUCAUCUCCAAAUGUUUUGGUUCAGUUUGUUCUGUAUGAUCACAACAAUUUGAUGUUCCCACACCUUAUGCUAUUUGCAAUGGAGAAUAUCCCUCCCAUGAGAGAGCUCAGCCUUGAUUACGGCGUAGCUGAUGAGUGGACAGGGAAGCUCUCUAUAUGUAACUGAAUAGUUCUAAAAGGUUAACGCACUUCUAAUAUGUUGAAGCCAAUUUUUGCGCAUGGUUAACUGAGGCUCUCAUUCCUGACAACAUUGGUUUUGCAGACUUAACCAUGGUUUUCCUAAGGUUUCAACUUCACCAAAUUUUGUGGAACUGUGAAAGUGCUUGCUAUGUGAACAUUUUGUCAAGGUAUUGAAGAUAAUGUAAUAGCUGUUGAAUUUCAUGGUUUUUUCUAACUUCUUUUUUGGCUAGUGCAUAGCAUAUGAUGUGUGGUGAUGAAGAUCAAGUAUUGGAGCUCGGGAAGUUCUUAAUCUUGAAUACUUGUGUAAUUAUUCUGUAAUUUUCUGAUGUUGGGCCCUUUGGCAAGGCAUUUGCUCACCACCUUCUUCUAAGCAAGUAGCUCGGAUUUAUUGAAUUUUCUGUUGUCAUUGUAUAUAAUGUAAGUCAAAAGCUUGUACAGGGAUAUGUUAGUGAUGGAUAGAACGCAGCAUUUUAAUGGUCUGUAAGAAAAUGAGUAGAUAUGUGAUUAACUAGAGCUCAUGCUAUCGUGAUCUAUCAAAGUCUGAAAUACUCACCUAACAUCAGUUUUUGUUCA